AUGAACUGCUCCAAUGGCACCAACGAAUCAAAUACUACUAAUGCCGCCGUGUCUACUGCUUCUAAUGAUGCACAAACGCCUUUAAUGCUACCUGCUGUCCCUUCCAAUCCUUCAGCUACUACUGGUGUUCCACAGGCAACACUGCGCCUUGAUCAGCUUGGACCGGUUAUUGUUAAUAGUGAUGGAACACUUGCACGCAUUGAUAAUUGGGCAGCGUUAACUGAUGCAGAAAAACGCAAUAUUGAACGUCUGCUUGUACGUCGUAAUUGUGCACGUCUCGAAGCAUUGCGAGCGGCAGACAAUACUAAAGAUACAUAA